CCGGGGCCACCGCCAUGUUGUUCCGCUUCGGUGUGGUGGUGCCACCGACGGUGGCCGGCGCUCGGCCGGAGCUGCUGCUCGCGGGGUCCCGGCCAGAGCUGGGGCGCUGGGAGCCGCGAGGCGCCGUGCGUCUCAGGCCCGCGGGCACCGCGGCAGGAGCGGCCGCGAUGGCGUUGCAGGAGCCCGGCCUGUGGCUCGCCGAGGUGGAGCUGGUCCCCGACGAGGCGGCAGCCGGCGGGGCGGAGCCGGGCCACGAGGACGCGGGCCGUGUGGACACGUUCUGGUACAAGUUCCUGCAGCGCGAGCCCGGAGGCGAGCUGCGCUGGGAAGGAAAUGGACCUCACCAUGACCGUUGCUGCACAUAUAAUGAAAAUAAUUUGGUGGAUGGUGUUUAUUGUCUUCCAGUAGGACACUGGAUUGAGGCCACUGGGCACACCAAUGAAAUGAAGCACACAACAGACUUCUAUUUUAAUAUUGCAGGACACCAAGCUAUGCAUUAUUCAAGAAUUCUACCAAAUAUCUGGCUGGGUAGCUGCCCCCGCCAGCUGGAACAUGUGACCAUCAAGAUGAAGCACGAACUGGGAAUUACAGCUGUCAUGAAUUUCCAGACAGAAUGGGAUAUCAUACAGAAUUCUUCAGGCUGUAACCGCUACCCCGAACCCAUGACUCCAGACACCAUGAUGAAGCUGUACAAGGAAGAAGGCUUGGCCUACAUCUGGAUGCCCACGCCAGACAUGAGUACUGAGGGUCGAGUGCAGAUGCUGCCUCAGGCUGUGUGUCUCCUGCACGCGCUUCUGGAGAAUGGACACACAGUGUAUGUCCACUGCAAUGCUGGGGUGGGCCGCUCCACAGCUGCUGUGUGUGGCUGGCUCCACUACGUGAUUGGCUGGAGUCUGCGGAAGGUGCAAUACUUUAUCAUGGCCAAGAGGCCUGCAGUCUACAUUGAUGAAGACGCUUUGGCCCAAGCACAAGAAGACUUUUUUCAGAAGUUUGGGAAGGUUCACUCUUCCAUAUGCAGUUUGUAGGUGACCUGCCUGCCUCCCCUUUGAGUUGCCUUAUGGAACCUGGGGGUGUGUUAGUGGAAUACCUAGAGACUAAGACCCCAUCUGAGCUGAGAAGACUGCGGCCCUCAUGUCACCUGGGGAUACCUUCUAUUGCAGCUUGGCUGGGCUUAACUUUGAAACAUUUUACAAAGGAACCUGCAUGCCACAUGAAAAAAAUUCAAAGUCAGUGGGGCCGUGCAAUGUAUGCCUGUAUUUGCUGCUGCCACUGGCUGGGGCCUCUGCUGACAAACUCUGGAUAGGUUGUUAUGGAUUUGUGACUUUUUGACAUUCAGAAGACAAGAGAGUGGAUAAGCAGAUUUUAUCAUUACUGUGAGAGACACACACUGCAUGUGCACACACACACAAACACCAACUUUUUUACUGAACUGAAAUUACAGUUAUUUGCCAGUGGAAGGGAUAAAUAUAUAAACGUGCAUAUGACACAAAAAGAUCUCACCAUGGUCAUAAAACAGUGCCUUUCUGUAAUUUCCUUUGUCCCAUUUUAUAGUUGUUAACCUCUUCAAGAUUCCACCCUCCUAAUUUUCCUGUCCUCUCAACAUGGCUGGAGUAGUAGAGUUAGCUCUCUGCUUUUUCUUAUCUUUGUAUUGCUAUUUAUUUUCUUGAGACAGUUUGUACUGCUCAGUUUAGUAUAAUACACAAAGGUUUGCCUUGAACUCCUGGUAUUCCUCCUGUGCCAGCCUCCUGAGAACUGGGAUUAAAGGUGCAUGCUACCAUACUUAGCAGCACCAUUUUUUAGCUGAGGUUUAUUGAGCAUAGCUGGCUUUCCCAGCCCUAAUGGUGAGUAGGGGUGAGAUGAAAUUGGUAAUUUAAUUUAUUUGGCUCAGUGCUGCUUUCAGUGCAAUUAGUUUCAGCACACUGUCAUGGAUGCAGCUUUUGUCUUUCUGGGGUAAAGUCACUACCCAGCAGUUGUUUCUGCAGUGAGAAGUGGGACAGUGUUCUGAUCAGUUGCCAAAGAAUCUAGGAAUACAGUUCUAUUUUGUUCAACCUACUUUAAACUGUGGUGUGUGAUCUCAAAGCCAUGGUUAUCUGAGCCAUACUUCUCCAGAGGAAGAAGCCUGAAGAGGCCAUGUCCACAAAUCAGUGUAAUACAGAAGCUGACCCUGGCUCAAUAUAACUCAAUAUAACACAUGAUUGCUAGUCCUCCCAAAUUUGUGCUUUAUUCCGUUAGACUUUAUCAGAAGUACGAAUGUCAGCCAAACUUUGCCCCGUAAGAUACAAUCUAGAAUCAGACCUAUGCUCCAUCCUUUGGAAGACCAGUCCCCAGGUAAGAAUGGCAUCUUAAGGGAACAGAAGGGGGUUUCUCUCUAGUUGAGUGCCACUCUGUGCCAGCUACUUCCCUAACUCUAAUGCUAUCACAGCUCCCUCCGGGGAAGGUCAUUGUUUCUGUUCAGACCAGGAAGUUGAGACCCAGAGAGGUUAUAGCACAGGUCCAUUUUCCUUGUCCUGGAUGGAGCCCAUGGAAUGAGAUGCAAAUCUAGGUUUGUCUCUCAAAUUUCAUAUCGUCAAGAGUUAAACUGUGAUGCUUACGUAUGUUCUUUUCCUUAUUUUUAAUUUUUUUUCACUUUUUAAAAAUUUAUAAUUUUAUAAAUUACAGAUUAUUCACUUUGUAUCCCUGUUGUAGCCACCUUCCUCAUCCCCUCCCAAUCUCACCCUCCCUCCCUCAUCUCCUCCCAUGCCCCUCUCCAAGUCCACUGAUAGGGGAAGUUCUCCUUCCCUUCCCUCUGACCCUAGCCUGUCAGGUAUCAUCAGGAGUGGCUGAAUUGUCUUUCUCUAUGGCCUGGUAAGACUGCUCCUCAUCAGGGGAGGUGAUCAAAGAGCCAGCAACUGAGUUCAGGUCAGAGACAGUUCCUGUUCCCAUUACUAGGGAACCCGCUUGGAGAUUGAGCUGCCAUGGGUUACAUCUGUGCAGGAGUUCUAGGGGUACUAGGUUAUUUACAUGCAUGGUCCUUGGUUAGAGUAUCAGUCUCAGAAAAGACCCCUGUGCCCAGAAUUUUUUGAUCUGUUGCUCUCCUUGUAGAGCUCUUGUCCCCUCCAGGUCUUUCUAUCUCACCCUUCUUUCAUAAGAUUCCCUGCACUCUGCCCAAAGUUUGGCUAUGAGUCUCAGCAUCUUCUUCAAUGCCUUGCUGGGUAAAAGUCUUUCAAUGGCCCUCUGUGGUGGGCUACUGUCUUAUUGCCUGUUUGCUCCCUCUUCUGUUGUCCAUCCCCUUUGACUUUGAUCAUCUUACCCAGGGUCCUCCUCCUUGCUCAGAUUCUUUAGGUGUAUAGAUUUUAGUAUGUUUAUCCUAUAUUUUAUGUUUAAUAUCCACUUAUAAGUAAGUAUAUUCCAUGUGUGUCUUUCUGCUUCUGGGAUGACUCACUCAGGAUGAUCUUUUGUACUUCCCACCAUUUGCUUGCAGAUUUCAUGAUUUCCUUGUUUUAUAAUCAUGUGUUAAUAGAUAGUAGAGAUGGUGAUUUGGGAGGCAGAGGGGACAAGAAGGCCACAGCAUAGGGAGAGAUGUCACAGUGUGGCAUUUGUUUUGGGCAAAACGACAUACAAGAAACAGUUCUCCUGUAAUCUGACAAAGUAAAGUCUAUAAAUCAGUAUCAAAUGACACCCGUCCUCUGCUAUGAAAUAUAGCUGGAUAUGGCUAUUGUGUCUAAGAACCAGUAUUUAGUCAUGUAUAUGUAAAUUUAAUUUUAAAUGGAAUAUUUUAAACUAAUAUAAUGGCGUCUAUGCUCGUCUCUGUGUGCUUGUGUAUGAAUUUUCUUAAUGUCCUAAGAAAUCUAGCUAUAUAAGUUCCACUGUACAAUGGUCUCUUCCAGGUGGCAUCUUCUCUGUGGCUCUGAUAAAUAAAAUUGUUUAUCACUAUUGAACAUUUUAGAAUGACCCCAAUUUGCCCUCAUUGAGUGGAUUGUCCAAUAUGUCUCAAAAUCACCUGGAACCUUUGCUAAAUAAAAGCAUUAAAAAAGA